AGUCAAGACAAAUGGUUUCGAGUCGCAGUGUAGGCUUCCAUCGUAACAGAAAAUAACUCAUCGAGUGGGACUCAUCGAGGAAUGAUCUGAGAGCGUGUUUGUGUUGUACAACAUAACAUGCAGAUGCAUAAACUAUAAAAUGUUUUUUAAAAUCUAUUUGGCUAUCCUAGAAGACUCAAAAUGGCUGCGUUGUUGCUGUAUUUUCGAAGAGACCUUGCAGCUGCAUCAGCGCUUCUGAGGGCAAAAACCACCACUUUCUUUACUAAAGCUGUAAAUCAGCAUUGUGAUCUAUUGUUUUUGUCGUAAGUUAUAAUAAUAAUAAAGGUCCUUCUUUAUUGCAGGUGGUAACAUCGAUUUUAUGUGCUUACAUUUAACGUUGUUCAUGAUUUCUUUCCAUGUUCAUAUAUUUUACUGUGAAGAAAAAAAUAAAAUGUACGUAGAGAAACAAAAAGGAGAAUGAGAAUAAAACAUUGGAAAACUGAGAAUAAAUAUGAAUAAACAAUACAAUGUUAAAUGUGAAAACACAUUAUUUGUCAGAACAAAAUAUAACACACACCUAAACUGCUGUAACAAUGUAAAUGUUUCCCUCUGUGGGACGAAUAAAGGAAUUCUGGUUCUGAUUCCGAAUAAAUUAAACAAAUACUAAUUAUAGUCAAUAAAGCUAAUUAUUAGACAUCAUUGGUCAUAAAUGAAAAGUUCUGCAUGGGGAAAUAGUAGGCGUCUCAUCGCCAGGUGCGUGUAAGCCUCAAUCAGUAGGCGUGGUUUCAAGUCACCUAGGCAAGAUUAUAAAUUGUUUCCGGUCGCUCCAUGGCUUGAAUGCUGCCACAUGAGUUCUUGUUGAAAAUUAUAAGCAAUUGUUAUGGACAUUCUCCUGCCAUGAGUUCAUCAAAACCCUACAUUGGCUGUAAAAUAGGGUUAAUUUCAAAAGCCCAAAAUCGUUAUGAGGGGAUUUUGUACACAAUUGAUAAAGUGAACUCCACAGUAGUGCUGGCUAAAGUCAAGUGUUUUGGAACGGAGGGACGACCCACAGACCGACCAACUCCACCUAAAGAUGAUGUCUAUGAGUACAUCACUUUCCGUGGAAGUGAUAUUAAGGACAUCACACUGUGUGAAGCUCCAAGAUCUCACCACGGCCUACCCCCGGAUCCUGCAAUUGUACAGUCUUCCAGUGCAGGCCCUUCAAGUGUCUACUCGCCUCUUGGACCAUUUAGCCCCCUACGGAUGCCAGCCUACAACCAGCUUGCUGCCAGCUCUCUACUUAAUCAACAAUAUGCUGCAGCUCUUGGCCUUGGGCCUUUACUUCCAGGCUUACACGUUCGAAGGGCCCCCAUGGUGGAAAAGUCUGUUCAAACCGUCCAAGUUGAUAGAACUAGGCAGAGGGGAGGCUUCUCCGUAUCCCGGGAGCGGGAGCAGCAGCAGCAGCAGCAGCAGCGGGAGCAGCGGGAGCAGCAGCAGCAGCAGCAGCAGCAGCAGCAGUGGGAAAGAAGGCCUCAGAAACCCAGAGGAGAGAUUCCACAGACCAGAAGGGUCACUGGAGCCAACCUGAAGUCAGGCCUAGGUGUGCCCAAUGCUCAGCAGGAAACUCGACAACAGAAUAAUGAAAAUAGGCCGACACCCAGCAGAAAACAAGGACCUCGGAGGCGCAGAAUCCGUAGUAGAGGCCAGCUGAUUGUGGCUAAUGUUCCAUCUGCAGUCCUGAAGUUUGACACAGACUUUGAUUUUGAUUCCUCAAAUGCGCAGUUUGUAAAGGAGGAGCUGGAGAGGGAGAUACAUGACAGGAUAAAAGAUGAAAACCCCGAAGCAGCAGAGAAGGAAAAAGAAGAAUUGCGCUUAACAUCAGAGGAUGUUCUUUUUGGACCAAAAUGUUACUAUGACAAAGCAAAGUGCUUCUUUGACAACAUCUCGUCUGACACCAAGUUCAGACAAACAUGGGCGGAGGAGCGGAAGCGCAACAUGGAGACUUUUGGUGUCCCUGGGCGGUUCUUGAGGGGCCAAGGCUUCAGAGGUGGCUAUGCUGGACGAAGAGGACGCGGCACUGCUCAGACUCAGUCUUCUUACAGAACCAGGAGUGGUCCGCUGUAAAUGUCAGUUUGACCCCAAGGCACUAAAGCAACCCCACGCUACAGGGAAGGUUUCCUUUCGCAACAAACUGGACUAAUACACCUCUGUCUGUUUGUAGAAGGAUCUAUUUUUUGGUUUUUUCUCCUCUGAGGCACUUCUGCCCCCAUAAUGCCAGUAUUGUAUUUUGUUUAUGCCCUUUGUCAUUUGGCCCCAUUUUGCAUAUAUGCAUGGCUAACUAAAUGGUCCACUUUGUUUGACAAUAGUUUUUCCCCUCAGAAUGUUUCUCUGAGUGUUUAAGUUUGUUUUCUACUUGGAAGAAUUUCACUCCCAAACGCAUUUUGGUUUCAUAUUAAAAAGGGAUCUGGCUUUGCUUCUUGAGAGAAGGCAACAUUUAUUUCAUUAAAAAAGAUUGUAUACUAUAGAUAUAAACAUGAUAAACUAAACUUACAUGGAUCUAAAGGCUUAAUCUAAAUCAUGAUUUGUUCUGUAAUAUUGGAGCAACAAGUGAGACCAUUGUAAAUAAAAUGUAAAUUGCUGA